AUGUACAACAUCAUGCUCAUGGCGAAGAAGCUGGGAGAGGAUCCAAAGCACGGCGUAGCCACGAUACGAUGCUUCGGGAAGUUUUGGGGCCUUUUCGCGGACUACUACGUGUUCGAGACUACUCUGAAGGAGGCGCCAGAGGAGGAGGAAGAAAAUCUGGGUGGCCUACGUAUCUAUCUACAAUUUACUGAUUCACUCAAUUCUUACAUAGAGGAAGGAUGCGUCCCUCCUGAGAAGGGUUCCGGAGCAAAUGCCUACAGCUACUUCGUGUGCUCCUACCUUGGAGGCCCCUUCACCAAACUCCCCGACGUUCGGCCCGAGCAAAUCAAGGCCGCUAGAAACUUGAAACGAUUUCUUGUUGGUCGCCUGGACUCCUCGGUUUCCAACUACCCUCCAUUCCCUGGAAAGGAGGCGAAUUUCCUGAGGGCACAGAUAGCCCGCAUUUCUUCGACCACGGUGCUGUGCCCCUCUGGUUACUUCAACGUCAGUGAAGAGGGCGAAAUUGAGAAGAACGAGGAGUUCCAGAGCCUCGAAUCCAGGGAAAUGGGAAACGCAACAAACUGGUCGCACAGGCACCCCCAUUUGAAGCGACAGGGCAGAUGCCAGCCGCAUGUCCGGGAGCCGCCCGAAGGGGAGGAGGAGGAAUUUGUGCCGACCGAAGAGGAGCAGGAGCAGGGGCCCGAGCCGCUGGCAACGUUGGAAAACGAUGCAGAAGUCAACGCAGGCCCCGCGUGGACACCCCUGUACAGCUCUCACAACGAGAAUGUAAAGUAUCAGGUGGCGUGUGUCCGCAGCAACCUGUGGCCAGGGGCGUGCGCCGUGUGGGGCGGCGGCCGCUUCGCCAAUAUCUACGUGGGUUGGGGCAUCAAGAACCUUCCCUUGACGCCCCUGCCUCCUCCCCCCAUCAACCCUGAAUUCGACCUGGCUCUCAUGGAAUCCACGGAGCUGCCGCCCAAGCCGGCGGAAGAAGAGCCUGCGGAAGGGGAGGAGGAGGCAUGA